UGAUUUGUUUUUCUCUCCUGCCAAGUAAAAGUGAAACUGAUUUAUUUUUAUAUUAUCAGUAAUGCAGCUAGCACUUAAGUUCCAAAUAACUGUAUCAAGACAGUUUCAUCUUCAUCUUCGGUUUCAUCUUUCAUCUUCAGUUCCCUAUGGUUGAAGUAGAAGCAUGUAAGUUGCAGUUGUUUUCAUAUUCUUUUCAACAAGGCAGUAAUGAGUUCAGAUCACAGUACUUGGCAAAAAGGCUAGAGAUAGGAAGAUAUAUUUGUAAGUGCCAUAGUAGUAGGUACCUUUCUUGUCUCUCAAUCACCACACCAUAUCCACUAUCAGCUAGAUCCUAAACCCUCCGUAAAUACUUGGUCAAAAUUUUUGAAUUAAUAGCUGGUAUCCUGCUUUUAAAGGGCUUAUGGUAAGAGAAUGAGAAGGUUAAAUGCUGAGCAUACAUAAAACAGGUAUGUAGUCAGUGUUAAGGUCUGAAUCCUCACCCUUUAUUUUAAAGUUUGAUGCUGUUAAAUCCUGUCUUAUUGGCGAGGUCUGUGUUAAAGAAACUUUCUCUAAGACAGCAGACUGAUUAGUGAUGACAGUUUUACCUUAGAAUGUAUGUUCUGAAAAAUAAGGCAUUUUGAAAAAAGAAACUACAUUUUUCUAUAGGGUGGAAAUUAGCUUAUGAGUUAUCUGCAUCCCCAUGAUUAUUGCCAUUCAACUCACAAUAGCUAAGAUAUGGAAUCAACCCUAAUGCCCAUCAACUAAUAACUGAAUAGACAUUGUGGUAUAUAUACACAUAGAAUAUUAGCCAUAAAAAUGAUGAAAUCCCUGGCUGGCGCCGCAGCUCACUUGGCUAAUCCUCCACCUGCGGCUCCGGCACCUUGGGUUCUAGUCCCGGUCGGAGUGCCAGAUUCUGUCCCAGUUGCUCCUCUUCCAGUCCAGCUCUCUGCUGUGGCCCAGGAGUGCAGUAGAGGAUGGCCCAAGUACUCGGGCCCUGCACCCGCAUGGGAGACCAGGAGAAGCACCUGGCUCCUGGCUUUGGAUCAGCGCAGCAUGCUGGCCGCAGCCCACAGGCCAUAGCAGCCAUUUGGGGGGUGAACCAACGGAAAAGGAAGACCUUUCUCUCUCUCUCUCUCUCUCACUGUCUAUAACUCUGCCUGUCCAAAAAAAAAAAAAAAAUGAAAUUCCUUCUUUUACAACAAAGUUGAUACGAUUAUAGACCAUUAUGCUUAAUGAAAUUAACUAGUCCCCCAAAGACAAAUAGCAUAUGCUUUCCUUCAUUUCUGAUAACUAAUAUACACAGGACAAAACUAAUGUAUUUGAGUGAAAUUCAGGAAAAGUGCUUUUUUCUGCUUAUUAUUUGUUGAAUUCUUUAUUUAGCAGAGGGUUAAGCUUUGAUUAUAAAAUAAAUUGAAAGCAUCUCAUUGCUAAGAAAGGAAGGAUGAUGGAGGGGCCGAGUGAGGGAUGGAACAAGAGUAUGGUGGGAAGUAUCAUUAUGCUCUUAAAGCUGUGUAUAUAAAACACAUGAAAUUUGUUCACCUUAUAUAAAUUAAAAAAUUUUAAGGAAAAGAAAUAAAGCUUAUAUGUACUUGGAUGUUCACUUUUUAAUGCAAUGUGCAAUGAGAUUUUAAGAGGAGAUCUAUCAACACACUAAAAAGUUUCAUUUGUAACACUUUUAACUUUGCAUCUUACAAUUAAAUGCAUAGGCAAAAGAAUCUAAAGUAACAUUAGCACAAUACACAAGCAAUAGUAUAAACUGGCACUAUGAAGCUUCAUCUUCAUUUUUUUAUUUCCCGCUUCAGGGUUGAUGGUGGUAUCUUCAAUACUUUACCUAAAACCUUAGCAGACUGAUAUCAGGUAGAACAGAAAACUUUACUUGUUUACUACUUAGACAUAGGAUAAGCCAGGAAAAAAUCAACUGAACAAAUAUCAAAAUUAUCCCCUUGUUUUUAUUUUUUAGUUAAAAGUUAUACUGAAGUAGGUAAGCAAGGAAACAGGUGAUAUUGAAGGGCAUCUUUUCAAAAGAAACAAAUGUCACUAAAGGUCAAGGUGAAUCUAAUAUGUGUCUCAAUUUGCUUACUUUCUUACCUGGCAAACAAUUGUACUUCUGACACUUGAGACUGAAGAAAGAAAUGUGUUAUACUGCACUGUUUAAAAUCGAUGGUAAUAUGUAACCUCUAUACAGUACUGGGUUUUGUAAAGGUGUUAUCUAAUGUCACAUUGCGUAUCAGGCAACAUACUCAGAGAAUCAGGUUCAAUAACACGUGACAUUCAUGUCAUUAAUAACUUUAUUCAGGACUUCAAUUUGAAUCUUUUUUUCCCUACUUAAGAGCUCCUUCCAUAAUAUAAUAUUGCAUGCAUAUCUCAUUCAUUUGGUCCAGCUGGAAUGCAAGUUUGUGAAUUGAGCAUACACUUGUAAAUGGUACCAUGACUGACUGGCAACAAAAUGAAAUGGCUUCAUCCAGUUCUAAGGGUCAUAUUGAGAAGAUAAGUCUUCACUGAUUUAUUACAUGAGCCUCUUGUUACUAUUUGUUACUAUGAGCCUCUUGGUACUAGGCAAUAAUGUUGAUUUUUUUCUGUCAGAGCUGGGAUCAUCAACGCUUGCAACUCUCUUGGAGUUUAAAAGGAAAAAGUGAUAAAAUUGUCAUUUCUUUUCUAAGAGAGAAUUGCAUAUAGUCCUGACUAAAUUAUUACUUUAGCUCCAAAUUUAUGAUUCAAUGUAACAGUUUUCAGAUAUCAUAGCAAAAAUCCAAGCAUAAUUAGGGCUAAAUUCAUUUCACUAUCAUCAACUGUUAGCAUUGGUUCUUUCAUGUAAUAAUUUGUGCUUUUAUAAGUUACUAAUUAUGACAUAUUUUUCUUGGCUGGAAUAUUUUCCUCAAAUACUUUGAGCUACAAAAUAGGGGUAAUGUGAGUUUCCUACAGAAAAGGUUUUCUUUUUGUUAACUUUAAUUUUUAUUUCUGAAUUUUUCCAACUUUGUUGUAAUUUCCUUUGUGAGUUAAUUAGAACUAUCUUUGAUGUUUACAAAUAUAUGAUUUCUUCUGUGUAUCGUUUUCUAUUUACUGAUUUUUACUACAUUGGGGUUAGAGAGAAUAGUCUGUAUGAUGACUUUAAAUUAUACUAAAAGAAAGAAUAUGAGGUCAAUAUUCUAAACAGUGGUUGUUUUCAAAUAGAAUAUUGCUUCCAAUUAUUGGGUGCGGUAUUCUAUAGAAGUCCAUUACAUCAAACUUGUUCAUUGUAUUUUUCAUAUCUUCUGUAUGGCUAAUGAUAUUUUUGUCUGAUUGAUCUAUACAUUGUGUGAGAUUCCUGUUAAACACUUCUGUUAAGAAGAUGGAUUUGAUCAUUUCUGUUGUAGUGCUAUGGAGUUUGGAGGAAUUAUUGAAAACCUUCUAUCAUCUUUUAUAAUACCAUCAAGGAGGUAUUUGGAGCAGAGUCAACCUGCUCAGUUACAUGAAAUAAAGAAUGGCAUAUUGUUGGCAAACAGAUCUAAAUCCCGAUGGAUCACACGAAGACCAGCAUAAACACAAAGGAUUUCAUUCUGUGAAUCAAACCCUUUCCUCUGGCCAAGUCAGUCUGGGAUUUGAUCAGCUAGUAGAUGACAUAAGCAGUAAAAUUCCCCUCUAUGAGAAAGAAAUGGGAGAAAACAACUUUAGUGGGCUCAGUGCACCAAACUGGAACUCAAAAAGGUAUCCGUUAGAUGAAACCCACCAAAUUCCUUUGAAUGAAUUCACUUCUAACUGCCCAGAGCUCUCUUGGCAUCAAGGUACAAAAGCACGAGUGAUAGGUUUUAGUCCUUCUGUGCUACCAAGCUCUCAGCAGAUGAACAAAGAAAGUUCCUGGGGAUACCCUGUUAGACAAUAUCAUGGAGCCGAAGAUUCCAGAUUCAAUAUUUUCACCCCAUUUUCCACUUGUGUGGGUAAAAUUAAUCCACAGGCGGAAAUGGAAAAUGAAAAUCCUAACUACUAUUUGAAAUUCAAAAGUACCAUUCCUCCUCUACAUCCAUCCUUCUCAGCUGACUUCAUGCCAGGAGAAAAGAGUAAAAGAAGCGGACAUGUGAACAUUGUGGGCCCUUCCCUGAUGCUCUUUGAAGGUUCUUUUCUACCAAGGACUUUGGAGAACACACGGCCAAAGAACAUAGAGUCAAUAGGUUGUUCCAUUCGGUUGGCUGAAGUGCCUCAAGGGAGUAAUAAAAGUCUAGCUUCUUUUUGUGACAAAGUAAAUAGAAUAAGAGAAGCUUACCGUGCAGCUGACAUUAAUUCCAAUUCUGGGAAGAUCUGGAGCGCUGCUACAGCAUUUCCACACCAACUCUUUUCUAACACCAAAUUUAAGAUAAAUAUUUUUACUGGUAACUCAAUGCAACUACUUCAUCUCACAGCACAUGCUAACUGUCUUGUCAAAGACCUAAUUGCAGAAACGCUAAAUUUUUGUACAAAAGACCAGCUAUUUCCUAAAGAUCAUCUCCUAAGUAUAUGUGGCUCUGAAGAAUUUUUACAGAAUGAUCACUACUUGGGGAGUCACAAAAUGUUUCAGAAAGAUAAAUCUGUUAUUCAACUUCAUCUACAGAAAAAUAAGGAAACUCCAGGAAAAUUAUCUCGAAAGCAGGAAGAUGACCACAGUCGGUUUUAUCUGAACCAACUUCUAGAGUUUAUGCAUAUUUGGAAAAUAUCCAGACAGUGCCUUUCAACAGUAAUAAAAAAAUAUGACUUCCACCUGAAAUGCUUAUUGAAAACCCAGAAAAAUGUGGAGGAAGAAUGUUUGUCACCAGCCUUCUCUGAGGCUCAAAAUGUUUUUCAGCAAAAUGUGAAUAAUAUUAUUGAAGAAGUUAAAAAUAUAUGCAGUGUUCUGGCCUGUGUGGAAACCAAACAAAUCACAGAUGCAGUAAAUGAACUAAAUCUAAUGCUUCACAGAAAAUCAGAGAAUUUUCAUCAAGAUUCUGAGACCUCAGCAAAAGGCUUGAUAGAAAGGGUGACAAGUGAAUUAUCCAUGGCUAUCUACCAGCUAAUUGAUGUCUAUUGUAGCAGUUUUUAUGCAGACUUUCAACCUGUAAAGGCACCUGUAAGCAUUUCCCCCAUGAGUCCUGAGCUCCACUCCCACCUGAGCUUCAGAGUGUAUGCAGUGCACAACAUUCCAGAGCCCUGGGUGCACAGCUAUAAAGCAUUUUCUUAUUCCUGCUGGCUUACCUAUGCUGGGAAGAAGCUGUGCCAAGUGAGAAACUACAGAUCUAUUCCAGCAAAGAAGUUAUCUUUUCUCUUGGUCAACUGGAAUGAGACGAUCAAUUUUCCGCUUGAAAUAAAAUCACUUCCAAGGGAAUGCAUGCUUACUAUAAAAGUGUUUGGCAUUGUCUGUGAAACCAGAAAUGCAGAUUUACUGGCCUGGACUUGUCUUCCAUUGUUUCCAAAAGAAAAAUCCAUUCGUGGGUCUAAGCUAUUCAGCCUGACAUUGCAGAGUGAGCCUCCUGUGGAAAUGAUAGCUCCGGGAGUGUGGGACACGAGUCAGCCAUCCCCACUGACCCUGCAGAUUGAUUUUCCACCUACUGGAUGGGAGUACAUGAAACCUGAUUCUGAAGAGAAUGGAAGUGCUCCUGAAGAACCACCGAAAGAAUGUUUGAAACAUAUAAGCAGACUCUCACAGAGACAGUCUCCUGUACUGCUUUCUGAGGAAAAGAGGAGAUACUUAUGGUAUUAUCGCUUCUACUGCAAUAACAACAACUGCUCCCUCCCUUUGGUCCUGGGUAGUGCCCCUGGAUGGGAUGAAAGCACGAUUGCAGAAAUGCAUGCCAUUUUGCGAAGGUGGAAGUUUUCUCAUCCCUUAGAAGCACUUGGACUUCUGACCGGCAGUUUUCCAGAUCAAGAAAUUCGCAAAGUGGCAGUUCAACAAUUAGACACCCUCUGGAAUGAUGAACUACUGGAAUAUCUCCCACAGCUGGUUCAGGCUGUCAAGUUUGAAUGGGACCUUGAAAGUCCAUUGGUUCAGCUUCUACUGCACCGGUCGCUGCAGAGCAUCCAGAUUGCCCAUCGUCUCUACUGGCUGCUAAAGGAUGCACAAAAUGAAGCUUAUUUCAAAAGCUGGUAUCAGAAAUUAUUGGCUGCUCUCCAGUUCUGUGCAGGAAAAGCCCUGAGUGAUGAAUUUGCCAACGAGAGGAAACUUAUCAGAAUUCUGGGUGAUAUUGGGGAAAAAGUCAAGUCUGCCAGUGACUCUCAAAGACAGGAAGUACUGAAGAAAGAGAUUGGUAGACUAGAAGAAUUUUUCCAAGAAAUAAGAACUUGUCACCUUCCAUUGAAUCCUGCCUUAUGUAUCAAAGGGAUUGAUCAUGAUGCAUGUUCAUAUUUCACUUCUAAUGCUUUGCCUUUGAAGAUUACAUUCAUCAAUGCUAAUCCAAUGGGCAAAAACAUCAGCAUUAUUUUUAAGGCAGGCGAUGAUCUUCGUCAGGAUAUGCUGGUGCUGCAGAUUAUUCAGGUGAUGGACAACAUUUGGCUGCAGGAGGGCUUGGAUAUGCAAAUGAUCAUUUAUAGAUGUCUAUCCACAGGAAAAGGCCAAGGGCUGGUGCAGAUGGUGUCUGACGCUGUCACCCUUGCCAAGAUCCAUCGCCACUCGGGACUGAUGGGACCGCUGAAAGAAAACACAAUCAAGAAGUGGUUCAGUCAGCACAACCCCAUAAAGGCAGAUUACGAAAAGGCAUUGAAGAACUUUCUUUAUUCCUGUGCUGGCUGGUGUGUGGUGACGUUUAUCCUGGGAGUCUGUGAUCGCCACAAUGACAAUAUCAUGCUGACAAAGUCAGGCCACAUGUUUCAUAUUGACUUUGGAAAAUUCCUAGGUCAUGCACAAACAUUUGGAGGCAUCAAAAGGGACCGAGCCCCUUUUAUUUUUACUUCAGAGAUGGAGUACUUCAUUACAGAAGGUGGGAAAAAUCCACAGCACUUCCAAGAUUUUGUGGAGCUUUGCUGUCGAGCUUAUAAUAUUGUCCGAAAGCACAGCCGGCUGCUCUUGAACAUGCUAGAAAUGAUGCUACAUGCUGGGUUGCCUGAACUGAGCGGAAUCCAAGACCUGAAAUACGUGUAUAAUAAUCUCCGUCCACAAGACACAGACCUGGAAGCAACAAGUCAUUUUACCAAGAAAAUAAAAGAGAGUCUCGAGUGUUUCCCUGUUAAACUGAAUAACUUGAUCCACAUCCUGGCCCAAAUGUCAAGCGCAAGCCCUGCCAAGCCUGCCUCACCUCCUUCCCCCCUGGAAUCCUGUACACCGAGUACAACCAAGUUGAUUCAAAGGGCAACGAUUUUGGGAUUCAGCAAGAAACGCAGUCACCUGUAUCUGAUCCAGGUAACACACGAUAACAACGAGAAAAGCCUGACAGAAAAGUCAUUUGACCAGUUCUCCAAACUUCAUAGCCAACUUCAAAUGCAGUUUGCACCGCUGGCUCUCCCAGAGUUUCCUCACUGGUGGCAUUUACCUUUUACAAACUCAGAUCACAAAAGAUUCAGAGAUCUAAAUCAUUACAUGGGACAGAUAUUAAAUGGAUCCUACAAAGUUGCAAACAGUGAUUGUGUACUUAGUUUUUUCCUCUCUGAUCCUCUGCAACAAACUGAAGAAUCAUCACUUCUGGACCUAGGUGAACAAUUUCCUGACAAGAAGCCGAAGGUGCAGUUAGUCAUAUCAUAUGAGGAUGUGAAGCUGACCAUACUAGUGAAACACAUGAAAAACAUUCAUCUCCCAGAUGGCUCCAUGCCCAGUGCACAUGUUGAAUUUUAUCUUUUACCAUAUCCCAGAGAAGUUAACAGGAGAAAAACAAAGUCUGUUCCAAAAUGUACUGACCCCACUUACAAUGAAAUUGUGGUUUAUGAUGAAGUAACAGAGCUCCAAGGACAUGUCUUAAUGCUGAUUGUGAAGAGCAAAGCUGUAUUUGUGGGAGCAAUUAACAUCCAACUUGGGAGUGUCCCACUCAAUGAAGAAAAAUGGUAUCUACUAGGAAACAGCAUAAUUUGACCAUUGCUGUGAACAUAUGCAUUAUUCAUUAACCACUUAUAAUCUUUUCCAUUUCUAGGCCUAUUAUCAUAUAACACAACAUAUUUAUUGUCAAAGAUAGGUUAGGAUUUUAAGGACACAAGGAAAACAAUCAGAAUGAGCCUUUUGCAAUUUAUUCUCUACCUGUGCUUUCAUUGUUUUCCAAGAACUUUUUCUCCUUUAUUGGAAUGCUGAUUAUGUGAGAUUUACUAUGUAAAAUAAAAGGACAUACACUUGUAAUAUAGCUUUCAAGUUAAACAUAUGUCGCAUUGUAUCUUAAUUGUGGAUCCACAGUUAAAAGCAAUAUUUAAUGUAUUUCAAGAAAUGCAAUCAAGUUUUACCAAAUGAUAUAAUAACUGUAUCUUUAAUGUAAAUUUUAAAAAUCUGUUAAGUAAAUACAUACACAUUCACAGUCCUUUAUACUGGUAAGCUCGAGUUCUGCAUUAUUUUCCAUCAGAAAAACAGAGAAUAAAUGUCAGAAAUUCUUAAACCCAAUUGCUAGAAGAGACUUUGAGCAGAUUUUUAUCCUCUUCAACACCAAUCAAUUCGUUCUCAUUGGAUUUCUCACCCAGAGGCAUGAUCACAUUUUAAACUCAUUAUCCCUCACCUCCAAGAUCUCAAACUCUGAUACUCUUAUGAUCAAAACUUCUUAUCUUUGCACAUUAGAUGGUUUCCUUAUUCUGAACCUACCUUCAUAGUCAGUGACCAGCAUAAAUAAUCUUACAAAUUCUCCUUGUAAAGUAGCUGCAACUGAAGUCACUAUGCAAUAUUCUUUAAGAGACUGAAAUAGAAGACUUUAAAUUCUUACCAUUCAAAUCAUUGCAAGACAAAUUUAAAUCCUUGCUAAUUCAAUGAAAAUUAAAGAGAUUUCAGCCAUUUUUUGUCUG